AUGCAUCAUAAUCCAACCCAGCAUCACCUAGCCAACCUCGCCUCCCUCACCUCAUACUCCGUAACCACCGUUCUGUACCAAAGAAUCCCGUACGGUCAGUACCGAUACCAGCAAGGCAAGCAAGCACACGACCUUGCCCCUCUCCCCUCCAGCCGACCCAUCCAUUCACCCACCAUCCACCAGCCGACCCGGCAAAAUGAAACUGGAACAGUGGAAACCGCCCGACGGGAGAAACACGCUCCACUCCAGCGCGCAAAGAAGGACUCCAGUUCGAGUUCCCAUCUGCUUCCCAUUGGAUCCCUUCUCCCAUCCACCCACGCCCCAUUGGAAAUUUGA